GUUAUUCGUUACCUAUCAGUUAAUCUGUUGAUUUUUCAAAAAAGUGAUCUAGUCUGCUCCCUGCAUUAAUCCACAGAUUGAAGUUCCAGUGAGAAAUCAGUGGUCUCCAGAAAGGUUGAAGAGGAUGAAUAUGAAGAUGUAACAGGCAACCAGAAAUGGGUAUUAGCUCCAAAAACGCAAGACACAGAUGCGACUCUCAUAUUAAACAAGUUGCUGAGGGAAUAUGACAAAAAGCUACGGCCAGACAUUGGAAUAAAACCAACAGUUAUUGAUGUUGACAUUUAUGUUAACAGCAUUGGCCCAGUGUCAUCAAUAAAUAUGGAAUACCAAAUUGAUAUAUUUUUUGCUCAGACAUGGACAGACAGCCGCCUUCGUUUCAACAGCACCAUGAAAAUACUGACUCUAAACAGCAAUAUGGUUGGAUUGAUAUGGAUACCAGACACUAUCUUCCGAAAUUCUAAAACAGCAGAAGCUCAUUGGAUCACUACACCCAAUCAGCUUCUGAGAAUAUGGAAUGAUGGGAAAAUCUUGUAUACUUUAAGGCUCACCAUCAAUGCAGAAUGCCAGCUGCAGCUACAUAAUUUCCCAAUGGAUGAACAUUCUUGCCCAUUGAUAUUCUCUAGUUAUGGCUAUCCUAAAGAAGAAAUGAUUUACAGAUGGAGGAAAAACUCAGUAGAGGCUGCAGACCAGAAAUCUUGGAGACUCUAUCAGUUUGACUUCAUGGGUCUCAGAAAUACUUCAGAAAUUGUGAAAACCUCUGCAGGUGAUUACAUAGUCAUGACUAUAUACUUUGAUUUAAGUAGAAGAAUGGGAUACUUCACUAUUCAAACAUACAUACCCUGCAUCUUAACAGUUGUGUUAUCCUGGGUAUCGUUCUGGAUUAAAAAAGAUGCCACACCAGCAAGAACAGCACUAGGUAUUACCACUGUAUUGACCAUGACAACAUUGAGUACCAUUGCAAGAAAGUCUUUACCCCGUGUCUCCUACGUCACGGCCAUGGAUCUGUUUGUGACUGUAUGCUUUUUAUUUGUCUUUGCUGCUCUGAUGGAGUAUGCAACCCUCAACUACUACUCAAGCUGCAAGAAGCCAAACUGUACCAAGAAGAAAAAGUCGAACUAUUCUGUACUUGAUAUAAGACCGCCGCCUACAGUCAUCACAUUGAACAAUGCCAUGUAUUGGCAAGAAUUUGAAGACACUUGUGUCUAUGAGUGUCUGGAUGGGAAAGACUGCCAGAGCUUUUUCUGCUGUUAUGAAGAAUGUAAAUCUGGCUCAUGGAGGAGAGGACGGAUUCACAUAGACAUCUUAGAACUGGACUCCUAUUCCAGGGUCUUUUUUCCAACAUCGUUCCUGCUGUUUAACCUGGUCUACUGGGUUGGAUACCUCUAUCUUUAAGUGUUGCCGUUAGUGGUGAAGACUACUGUGUUUUCACACUUCUUGGGAUAGUGAACAUGAAAAAGUGAAGGAGGACAUGGUCAGUUUCAUCUCAAAUUAUAGAGGCCACGUUACCUUUUAUCAUCACAGAAAUCAAUGAAGGAUUUUAAUAUGUAGUUGCCUGAAAAAGAAAAACCUUGAAGAAUUCCCCUGACUGCUAUUCAUUUUAAAUACAAGAUUCUUACUAAAUUCAGCUGAAUUUGUAGUGUAAACAAUGUUUAUUAAUAAUUCUAAUAUAAUGGAACAUUUACUGUUCUCCCUUGGCACUGAAAGCUAGACAGCAUUCAAGCAAGAAACAGAGGUCAAACAUUUGAUAUGGGUUCUUCAUUCUUAUGUCCCUUUCAAAGUUUCUCCCAUUCCCUGGGGCUCAAGGCAACACCCACUGGUGCUGGUUAGCCAUGAUGCAACUGGAGAUGUCUAAAUCCAGACCAACCCAAGCCACCUUCUUUUAUUGAGACCUAUUCCACAGUUGCUGGGAGAUCUUGUCUUGGUUGUCUCUGCAUGGGAGAAUCACCAUAAAAUAAAGACAGUUGCUCUGGUCCCAUCAAGCCAUGUAAGGUGUCUUCUGCUGCAAAGCUAUGGGAUUCAUAGGCUUAGCCCCCUUCUUGCACACGUUAAUUUUAAUUUGAGGUGAAAAAGCUGAUUUACAAGAAUGCUCAGAAUUUGAUAAAGUCAGAGACACUGCCUAUAUCUGAAGUAGCUGCAAGUAUUACUUGUAGAGCAUUUCAGAGCUUUUUUAAAAAAAAUAACUGAUCAAACAUAGCAAGAUGGUACAUGAUUUCUGGAAUAGAUUUACUUGCAACUGGACAAGACUUCUGCUUGUUUGUGAUAUUGUAGCAGACUAUAGUUGAUAGGACAUAUGUAAGAUUCACUACUUAAUAGCACUA